CGCCCGGCGAGCGAGCCCGGCGCCCGCCGCCCGUGCGCGCGGCGCUGGCCGCGCCCGCGCUGUCCCCGCCGACGGCGUCGCCGGCGAGCAGCCACAUGAGCCAGGAGCAGUUCGACGAAGCUGGGCUAUCCGGGGCUGCCCCCGUACAUGACCCGCGAGUGGAUGUUGCAGCAGGUGGAGCGUGAGCGGGUCGAUCCGCGCGAGAACCCGAACCUGCUCAUAGACGAGAGCCACCAGGAGUUCUGGAACACGGCGGCCCGGAAGCCCUACGCGCGCGCCCUUCUGCGUGCCGAGCAGCACUGGACCCGGCGUCGCGGCGUGUGGCUCCGCCAGGUCGAGGCCGUCGAGGGGGCGAACGCCACGCGCGAGGAGGUCGCCGAGCUCCUGGAGGACUGCAGCGCGGAGGCGAAGCGCCUCGUCGCCCCGAUACUGCACUUCCGGAUCACCGAGGUUGCGCUCUGGACCGUGCUGCGGGAGGCGAGGGAGCACGACCAGCCCUCCUUCGCCGUGGCGCUGGAGCAGCCGCAUUCGCUGGAGCUGCUGCGCUGCCUGCGGCUGCGGAUCGACCUCGGCGGCGAGCGGGCCGCGGCGGGGAUGAUGGACGAGUUCUGUGCCAGGGCCCGGCGCUGCAUGGAGGAGAGCCACGAGAGGACGACGGAGAAGGGCGCGCGCGGGCGGCGCUUCGUCGAGGUGACGGACGUGCUGGCCAGGUGCCUGAACUGGGCGCAGAAGUGCCAGAAGGACGGCCACAUCGAGUGGUACCACGGCAACGCAGAGGAGGCGCUGGCCGCCUGGCGGCAGGCGGACGCGUGCCUCAGGCACCUGCGGGCGCCCCCUGCGGCCGCGAGCGCCGACGCGAUGAUAGCCAGGCUGCACGCCGCCGUCUUGAAGAACCUGGCACAGGCCGCCCUCCGGCUGGGGUGCUGGACCGAGGCGCUCCAGGCGGCCGACGACGCGUUGCAGCUCGACGACCGGGACCACAAGGCCUGGUUCCGGAGGGCCUGCGCCCUGGAGGGCCUGGGCCGCUACCGGGAGGAGCAGGCGGCCCUCGACCGGCUCGAGGAGCUCUCCGUCGGCCGGGCCGACCGCGCGCGCCUGCGGAAGGAGCUGCGGGCGAGGCGGCGGAGGCUGGCGCGCCUGCUCGACCGCGACCGGGCGGUGAGCGCGCGCUGCCUGAGGGCCGCCGCCUCCAGGGGCGUGUUCAGCGAGGGCAGGCACGCGCGGGAGCCGCCUCUGGCGGCGGGAGACGCCGUCUUCGUGAGGGACGGCUUCGCGGACUUCGCCGCCGGGCAGCGCGCCACCGUCGUCGAGGUGUGCGGCGGCCUCGCGAGGCUGCACUUCGAGGGCGAGGAUCGCACGUCGACGUGCUCAUGGCAGAGGACCUCCGCCGCCUGAGCAGGCGGCCGCCGCCGCGCCCCGCGGGGCCCCUCGCCGCGAGGGCGCCUCUGGCGCCGUGGCCCGUGCGCUGCGCGCGUCGCCUCUCGAGGCCCGCGGG